AUGUCUGUCUCUAUCAGCCGCCAAAGCAGCAAAAGCUACAGCGCCCGCAGCAUGUCCAGCAGCAGCAGCAGUAGCGCCCUCGGGCUCGGCAGAGGGAUGCAGCAGCGGGCCCGAGGCAGCCAGGCCUUCCUCGUCUCCACCGGCGGGUCCUUGAUCAAGGGCCGCGCCCCCAGCGUGUACGGGGGCGCGGGGGGUUAUGGGACCCGCAUCUCCCAGUCAACCUUCUCCUCCGGGUCGCUGGACUCGUACGGUGAGAACGCAAUGAUCACCAACGAGAAAGGGACCAUGCAGAACCUCAACGACCGCCUGGCCUCCUACCUGGAGAAGGUGCGCUUCCUGGAGUCAUCCAACAGGAAGCUGGAGCUGCAGAUCAAAGAGUUCUAUGAGAAGAGAGCUCCUACUGUUUCCAGAGACUUGGUCGGCUACUUCGCCACCAUCGCUGAUCUCCGAGCUCAGAUCAUGAAGAGAUAUUCAGACAAUCAACGCAUCGUCCUGCAGAUUGACAAUGCUCAACUGGCUGCAGACGACUUUAAAAUGAAGUAUGAGAUGGAGCUGAACCUUCAUAUGAUGGUGGAGUCCGACGUGAUGCGUCUCCGAGGGGUCCGGGACAACCUGACCCUCGGCAUCAGUGACAUGGAGUUGCAGAUAGAAAGUCUGAAAGAGGAGCUGGUGUACAUGAAGAGCAGCCACGACGAGGAGUUGCAUCGGAUGAGGAUCCAGCAGACUGGCGACAUUAAUGUGGAGGUGGACAGUCCACAGUCUGUGAAUAUGGAGCUGGUGCUGCAGGAGAUGAGGGAGCAGUAUGAGUCCGUGGUGGUGAAGAACAAUCAGGAGCUCGAGAAAUGGUUCCAAACUAAGGUGGACAAUCUCCAGGUGCAAAUCUUAUCAUCUUCAACAGAGUCAAAUACAUUUUACACUGAACUGUCCGAGCUGAAGAGGACCUACCAGAGUUUGGAGAUCAGUCGGGACAGCGUGCAGGCAGAGAUCCAGUGUCUGCAGAAGAAUAUGGAAGAAGUGAACAGUCGAUACAGCGUUCAGCUCAGCCAGCUGCAGAUGACCAUCAACACGAUGGAGAUCGAGCUGCAGCAGCUGCGAGUGUCCAUCGAGCAGCAGCAGGUCGAGUACCAGAUGCUGCUGGACAUCAAGAUGAGGCUGGAGCUGGAGAUCGCUGAGUACCGGAGGCUGCUGGACGGGGAGCUGCAUGAGAGGAAGAUAAUUGAAAAGAAGGCCGUGGUCAUCAGCAAGGUUGUGGUAGUGGAAGAGCAAAAACCCCACAUCGAGAGGAGAGUAAGGACCAUCGUGGAGGAGAUCGUCGAUGGGAAGGUGGUGUCCUCCAGUGUUGACACCCAAGUGGAGGACAUUCAGUAACACCUCUGCUGCCACUAAAGUAACAUUUUCACAUUGAUCUGGCCCCUAAAUGUUAUUAAUGAACUCCAGCUUAAUGAAUAAUUUAGUAGAGUCAGCUGUUAACUUGUAAUUUCUAGUUGGCUUUAUACCAGGUAUAGUUCCCAAACAGCACUUUUGUCUUUGAAGGGGGUUACUUUGGCCUUUUCUUUCUUUUCUUUUGAUUGCAUUUAUACAGCAAGGUUGCAGCAAGUGAUGAUCUUUCCCUGACGGAUGCUCACCCUGAUAAGUAGUGGUGGAAGAAGUACUCCGAUCUUUUACUGGAGUAAAUUAAGCCAUACCACAGUGUAGAAAUACUCUGUUACUAGUAGAAGUCCUGCAUUCAAAAUUGUACUAAAGUAAAAAAGUAAGUAAGUGCUCAUUCUCCAUAAUGCCCCAUUUCUAUUCCAGUUUUGUUGAAUUAUAAUUAUUGAUGCAUUAAUGUGUUCAUCACUUUAAUGUUGCAGCAGGUAAAGGUGGAGUUCUUUUAUUUUUUACUAUUUAUACUGACGGUAGCUCAUGAAUUUCACCAAGGGAUCAAUGAAGUUUAUCUUAACCUAAAAUAAUACAUGAUAAACUAUUAGUUCAUUAUAUUUUGUAUUAAUAAGCAGAAUCUUGAAAGUAAUUAAAGUUAUCAAAUAAAUUUAGUGGAGUAAAAAUGACAUUAUUUGCCUAUUAGGGAUGUGGUGGAGUAGAAGAAUACAUUUGCAGGAAAUAGAAAUACUCUAAUAAAUAACAAUUACCGCUGAGUAUGACACCAAAACAUGAUUAAAAAGACAGAAAGCAAAGAUAUUUUUUUUUAUUCUUAAUCUCAAAUGUGUAUUAUGAUUAGAAAGGUGCAUUAUAGUUUAGACAUUGAUUUUUCAUUGGCAGAAUUCUACUUUUUUCAACAUCCAAAUAACACAGAAGUUGUAAAAAAAGUUUUUUGUUGUCUCGGUUUAAGUUUAGUUUCUCCUGUAUUUUCCAUGUGUGGAUAUUCUGCUUAAAAUAACAACAAUACACCAAAAUAAAGAAACAUCUUACAUUGAUUCUAAGUGAAAAUGUUGAGUGUGUAAUUUCAUUCAUAACCACCAGG